UAUACUAUUGACCUUAUCAUUUAUUGUGAUUAUCAAACAUUUAGAAAAUUGGAUCAAAACGAUCGGCAAGAUAUUUGAUUCUAGUCAUUGAAUAUAUAGGCUAAUUUUUUGGCAAAUGGGUUGCCAUCAGUAUUGUCUACCUUGCAAACACUGAUCACAUAGAUAUUUUUGGAGAAUAAUUUCUGUACCAAUUGCUUUUUAUUGUUCGGCGCCACAGAGUGCAACACAUAGUGUGUAUGUGUAUAUGUAUGCUCCUUUCGAGAAUAAUUAUCAUUUUGUUUGUUUAUUUGUGUGUGUGUAAUGUGUAUUAAGAACGAAUGAAACGAACUAAAAUAACUUCAUAAAAAUGAAAUGGAGGACAGUAUGCAAAUACAGUGGCUUUGAUUAACACUUGCCGUUCUUCUAAAAAAAAAACAAAAUCAAAAAUAUAUAAAAUAAAACUUGCUUUAAAUGAGUUUAUGGAAAUUAUCGUGAUGAUAAAAAAUUUAAAAUGAAUCUUAUUCAGAUAUUCAUUUCGUUGGCUGUUGUAAGUGCCGUAAUUUGUAACUCAGCUAAGGAUAAUUCGUGUGAUUGUGGUAAUUAUGAAUUGAUAAUUGAAUUUUUUCUCUAGACUUAUUUCGACAUAAAAACGAUUUAUUAGCUUCGUAGUACAGAUUUGAUAGAUAUUAAAUGAAGCAGAUAGCAUAUGAAUAUUCCAGAACAAAAAUUGCUGGAAAAGAUGUAUUUGUAUUGAACUAACGACAAGAAGCUGGCUUCAAAACAUUUCGAAAAAAAAAACCAAUAAAAUGGAUUUUGUUUAUGAACAAAGAGCCAAAACACAACUGACAUAAAGCAAGUUUCGGUUUAAAGCCGGCAUUUCGAAGGCCAACUUUUGGUUGCAUCGAUCCAAAUGUGUACCUUUCCAUAGAUUUGAACUGCGCGCAUGCAGAAACUGAUGUGGCAAUGUCGUAACCAUUUUUUUUUUCAGUUUGCGGUCGGGAGAAACAAAGGGUCGACGACAAUGAUAAACAGCCUGAUGAAAAUCCGUGGACAGUUGGAGUGUUUUGGGGAGAAUCCCGAGAGAUUCCCUUCAUUUUUAUUUGUUCCGGCUCUUUAAUUUCAGAUAAACACGUCUAGCACGUUCAGGUUCUUGCGCUCGUAAAGUAGUAAGAGUUCACGAAGUAUUGCAUGAUCACGCAGAAGUUCGCAUGGGUGCAAAUGAUGUUGAUGACCUCAAAUGCAGCAUACGACGCAACAUUCAACGUAUCCAUAAACACGAAAAUUAUCAAUAUUCUGAUGUCGAAAGUUGGAUGACCAAUGAUUUUGAUAUUGCAAUCUUGCAAUUAGACAAAGCUGUUACAUUUGGACAUAAUAUUCAGCCGAUCUGUUUGCCACAAUCUUCACGCAUUGAUUAUACUGGAAAGUUAGUCACGGCCAUAGGCUUGUGUAAAAUUGGUACAAUUUCGAAACGUACUUCCAGAUCGAAAGCACAACAAGCUCAUAUACAAAUCUGGACCAACGAACAGUGCGGUAAACUACCUGAGUAUACAAACAAGUUAACAAAUAACAUGAUGUGCGCCGGAGAUUACGAAAAUGCAACUCUCAGAGCAUAUAUUCGCAAUUUCGAUUUUGGACAGUUGGUCAUUGAAAAUGAACACGGCAGCAUGGAAUUAGUCGGAAUAUACUCAUUUGGUCACAGAUCCGGUUUGUAUCCUGGAACGCCACCAGUUUUUACUCGUGUUGCCAAUUUCUUGCCUUGGAUUCAAAGUAAAAUGACCGAUCAAUGCAUGUGUGCAUCAAAAAACAUCAUACGAAACAACUCUUCGGAGAAGCUUGAGACUUCGAAAAAUCAAGAGAAGCUUGAAAAUCCAAAAGAACAAACAGACCUUUCUCUUCAACCAGUUAAGAAUGGCUCCUGUGCUUGUGGUAAUUAUUCCUGAUUAUUAUUUUAGUUACAAAUUGCACGUAAGUGUGAUUGA